AUGUCGGAGCGGGCAGCUGAGCGGAGACCGUCGGAGGGGCGGCGGGGGCCUCCCGUGCCGGAUGGCGGGUUCGGCUGGGCCGUGUGCCUGGCGUCCAUGUGGACUAACGGGACCAUCUUCGGCCUCCUCAACACUUCCGGGGUUCUGUUUGUAUCUCUUCUUGAAUCCUUUCCUGGAUCAGAUGCUUUCCAGACAGCGUGGGUGGGCUCCACCGCUAUAGGAGUGACGUUUUUCUGCUCAACUCUAGCCAGCGUGCUGACCGACCAGUUCGGCUGCCGACCCACCGCCAUCGCCGGGGGAGUAGUGGCGUUUGUCGGAAUGCUAUCCAGCUCCGCCGUCACCCAUCUCCAGCAGCUGUACCUCACAUACGGUGUCCUGGUGGGGCUGGGUUCAUCACUCGCCUACACCCCCUCGUUGGUCAUCCUAGGCCACUACUUCCAGAAACGCAUGGGGUUAGUCAACGGACUGGUGACAUUCGGGAGCAGCCUCUUCACUAUGGUCCUCCCGAUUGUUCUGAAAUUCAUGCUGAGAAAAAUUGGACUUUUCCCAACGUUUCGUGUCCUCAGUGGCCUGGUUGCGACGCUGGUACUAUGCGGUUGCGUGUACACGCCUUUGAUCGAGAAGCAACGACCUCGGGCGGUAGGGGAUGGAACUGCACCAGUCAACGACAGAAAAAGAACAUUCGUGGAGAAGAUCAAAAAGCACCUGAAUUUGGGAAUAUGGCGGAACAGAAGAUACGUUAUUUGGGCCAUCGGUGUGCCAUUUGCUCUCUUUGGCUACUUUGUGCCAUACGUACAUAUAGUAAACUACGUCCGUCAUGUCAUGCCCCGAGCGAACGGAGCGGCCUUGGUGACGUACAUGGGCGCGGCGUCGGGAGUCGGUCGGCUGGUGUUCGGGAAAGUGUCGGACUUCGCUUGUGUCAACAGAAUCAUGCUGCAACAACUCUCCUUCCUCAUGAUAGGUAUUGUAACUACCCUACUGCCCGUGUUACGACACUACUACGCCCUGGUGUGCGCGGUUCUGGUUCUCGGUAUCUUCGACGGUUGCUUCGUGGCGCUGAUAGGACCGAUCGCCUUCGACCUGGUCGGACCGGAGGACGCUUCCCAGGCCAUCGGCUUCCUCUUGGGGCUGGCGUCCGUACCUCUGACGGUGGGACCUCCCCUGGCAGGAUGGAUCUACGAUUACACUGGAUCCUACAACGCCGCGUUUUUCUACUCAGGCGCGCCUCCCAUCAUCGGCACCUGCAUUCUGUUCCUCGUCUCUCUGGGCAGGUUUUCAGCGGAGGAGAACGUAGAAAAACAGUUUCCCUUCCUUACAGAAGAGAGCGCACCUUUCCACGAGAAAAUCUUCGUGACAGACGAAGGCCCCAUAUGCUGGCGGUUUCAGCCACAAAACAAAUGCACUACAUGCGUGACUAACGAACAUUACCGUAUUUACACCGUGGGCCAACCCAACCUGCAUCACACUCACAGACGUACCCACCAACACACAGACCGUGUACACAUGGCCAGUAGCAGUAAGCUUCAGGAGUCCCAGAAAGACAAAAAAAAUCGUAUCAAAUCAAUGUUUGAUUCCGGCACACAGGUCACAUGAAGCACGCAGUAGUAAAGCUGAAGGAUAAACAUAAACAUCCCAAAACACAUACUAGUAUCACUCCAGUAUCCACUUUAACAUUAAUUUUUGGUUACUUGCUUCCACUGAAAUAUUGGACAUCGCAAAACGUUUGAAUAAAACGAUUGAAAACCGUGUAAUCAAAUCAAGAUCUAAAGUUUAGAAAAUGAGACGGACAG